AUGGCACUUACUAUCAUCAUCGACCACGAGGCGUGCACGCUACCGAUGGCUCAAGUGUACAAGUAUCCCACGCUUGUCGACAUGCUGACUGCGAGCAACCUGGAUUUUAUUACUGAUCUGGAACUGGACUUGUCCGAAACCCCCGUGCGACUGGUUGAUUUGACGGGCGAAAGCACCUUCACCGAGGCCAACAUUAUAGCCCGAGACUACCUGGGCUGCAGGACGGUUGUCGACAUUGUCGUCUUCGCAUCCAUCUGGGUUGUGCAGCCCGAAAGGAAUUGCAAGCUCCCCAAUCUUCCCGCUGAACUCUUGAACGUGUUUCUGGAAAAUAUUCCAUGA